UUUUUGGUUUUUUAACUUGUCAAUUUGCAUGUUAAUAGCUUCAAGAUCCUGACGAUUGGUUUCUACUAAGACUUUUUUUUUCUAACAGCCUUUUUAAUUCUAACUGCUUCAUUUUUUCGCUAUUGGAAUCAAUUUCUACUAAUUUUUUUUCAAGACGGUUUUACAAUCGCAUUCGCGCCGCGCCACUUUUUGAACAGUUUUGACAGAAAAAAAAAUUAAUCGGAGUUUUGAGUCAAAAAAAAAGAACGUACAAAUUUUUCCUGCUUGGUUUUCCAGAAAUGUGGCCACUAUAUGCAAUUAUAUCACAUGAUUCCUAUAUUACUGACGGAGUACUCACACGUGUUUAAAAGUAACAAUGAUGACUCAAAUGAUGAUCAAGAAACCAACACAAAUGAGGCCAAUGGCAACAAUUUGUCUAACGAAGAUAAUGAAGAAGAAGACAUUGGUCCUAUUCUUCCUGGAGGUCAUAGACUGGAUAAAAAAUUCUACUGUAUAAAAUAUCCUGGCAAAGUAAUUAAUUCGGACAAAGCUAUUGAAAGUUUAGGCGGACUGGGUUCAAUAUCAUCAACAAUAAAUACUCCAAAUCGUCGACUGGAACUGAGAUUUAGACCAUCUGAUGCUUAUUGUAAACCAGCAUGCGGUGAUCGGCAUGAAGUAUCAGGUUUCUUAUUACGCAUCCGUGUUAAAAAAUCACGAAUAAAAAAAGCUAAAGAAUCAGAAAAAGAACAAGAAGUACGAAAUUAUCGUAAUUUAUCGCCAGCAAUGAUUCGUGAUUCAUCAAAACAAGAUGCAAUUGACAAUGAAAAUUCAUAUCGAAAUGAAAUUAAAAAUCUAUCUAAAGAAUUACGCAAUUGCGAAAUAGAUGCUGAACAAAAUGCAAACAAAACAGAUGAUAAUAAUGAUAACAAUGAAUCAUCUAAUGAUCAGUCGUCUGUAAGUCCAUCUAAAAAUAUACCAUUAAAAAUAAAUUAUAAUAAAUAUGAAGAUUUAUCUGAAGACAACGAUUAUGAGUUACCGAAAUUGAAAAUACUCGGACGUGUUGUUAUGGAAUUCUGUUUUACAAGUCUCAUCGAUUUCCAAUAUACUCCAGUAACACAGAGUUUAACUGAUCCCAAGAAAAGAGAAUGUAUUUAUGACUUAAUUUGUCCCAAAGGAAUAAUAACACCCGAAUGGUUAGACAAUAAGGUGCCUUAUUUUCUUCCCCCUGCUGUUUUUAGUCGUAUGGACAACGUACAGCAGUACAAUAUGAAGUCUGAUUUAAUAAAAGAUGCAGAAUCCGAAAAUAUUGCUAAUAAAACUAGGAAAAGACGCGCAGGAUUUGCUCAUAGUAUCCAGUUUACUUCACCAACGAUACCGACGACACCAAAACCAGGAAUUGAUGUAGCGAUGAAAGUUAAAUAUUUAACAAAUGAUGAUUAUAAAUACAUACAUUCAUUAUUUGAAGAACGUCCUAUAUGGUCUAAGACAGCAUUAUUAUCUAAGACGGAAUAUAAUAAGGAUCAAUUACGUAUUUUAUUACCUAAAGUCGCUUAUUACUUUACCACUGGACCGUGGAGAAUAAUGUGGGUACGAUUGGGUUACGAUCCACGAAAGGAACCAUCGGCGAGGAUAUAUCAGACACUUGAUUAUAGAUUGAAAGCUAUGCAUGGUUUAGAACAAGCUGUUAAGGGAAAAAAAACUUGUUCUAAUUUUAUGAUACCUUAUAAAUCGGCAUCAGCCGCAAAAGCACUUAAAACUACAUCGGCAAAAGUCCCAGAGGUUAGACAUAAGAGUAAAGCAAAUCAAUAUAGUGAAAACGAUUAUAUUUAUAAGGAAGGAAUUAUUCCACCUUCAAGACAAACUUUGUAUCAGUAUUGCGAUGUACUUACUAAUGAGGUUCAAGAAAUGUUUGCGAAACUACCGGAUCCAAUGCCUGGUGUGAAGUGCGACGAAAAACGUGGAUGGUUACCACCAGGUUUCAGUGAACAUUGUCGGGAAAUAAUGAACAAGCAAGUUUUAGUUGUAUUAAGAAAAAAAAUGAAUAUUCCAACAAACUAUCCGACGACACUGCCACGGAAACGAAGAAUCCCAAGCACGUUGAAGCUUAUGAAAGCAAAAAAUGUAAAAAAAAGAAAAUUGUUGGAAAAAAAGAAAAAAGAGUUAUUGAAAAAGAAGGAAGAAAAUGAAAAAUCGGGUUAAAUAAAUUUUUUUUAAUUAUUCAGAGAAUAUUUUAUUGCAGUAAAUUAAUUUUUUAUUAAUAAAAAAAAAAAAAAAACAAUGAAAAUAGUGAGUUAUAUAAUUGCUUAUUGUUGUAGGAGUGAUAAAAUAUGUGUUGAUACCCAAAAUCCAAAUAUGUCUGUAUUUUUUGUUAAAUUUAUUUAUUAUAAAACUUUUUGUAAAUUUAUCUUUCAUUAUUCGUCAUAUUUUUCGUACACUAGAGUUUCAAAUAGUAUGUCUUCUUUUUAUGUAAGGUACCCGCGGGUAAUAAAGCCUGUCGGAUAAUAAGGCCUAAGUGACAGAAAUGAUAUUUAAAAUAACCGCCUCCGCUAAAGGCUACUCUAGUAGAACGGUCUUGCAUAUAGAUGUUACGAUAAAUUUAUAGAGUCCCGAUACCACGUUCCCUGUCUUCUAUAUUUCAUCAUCCAUCAUAUGCUGUCGUAGUGCAGAAGAAAUUAUAAAAAAUCUAGUCUUCUGACUCUUAAUAAGGAUACUGAUAAUUUUAAGUGUUGCUGAGCAAAAAGAUCUAGUUUUCUGACUCUUAAAAAGUAUUGUUGCUAAAUUUAAGUGAUGAUUCAUCUCUAAUACCAAUUUUAUUAAGUAUACUAAAAACUAUUCCAGUUUGUUUAACCGUAGGCCUUAUUACCCUACCGUAGUAAAAUAAGGCUUAUUCGUAUGGUUAUUGUAAAAGUAUAGUUUUUUGUUUGUUUAAGGUAAAAAUUACCAUUACUUGAUUACAUUUUAUGGCUAAUGUAUUGAAAUAAAGAUUAAUGAUACAUUUCCAUAAUUAAAUGCAAUGUUUUCGAUUUUAUUAAAAAUCUCCCUUAGCUAGGCCUUAUUAUCCGCCGGUACCUUAAUUAAAAUUUUUUUUUUAUUUCAAUGCUCGUUUUUUUUUUUUUUUUUUUUUUUUUGUGAGUGAAUUCAAUGUUAUAAUAAAAAAGAACUGAGAAAAAAAUAAUGGUGGUUUAGUUCGGGAAUCGGAGCCAGGUCUAUGAUAUCGUGACUUAUAUUGUAUGAUUAAUUGACACACUCGUAAUUUUUUGAAAUAAAAAAUAAAAAUUUUACAUACAAAAUGUAGAAAUAAAAAUAACACAUAAUUAUGAAUUUUUUUUUAUAAAUUUUGAAUCUUCAGUUUCGGAGAUCUGGGGAGAGCAUAUUUUUGAACGUCUUUCGUUGAGAUUUUUUAAUUAAUUAAAUAAUUCAAAGUACAUUGGAAAAAAUAUUAUAAAAACCGAUUGGCCAUAAGCUGUCAUUUGAUUCUCAAUAUAUCGGCUGUCUCAUUUCAAAACUAUCAAAAGUCAAUUUAAAUUUACUUUGAUAAAAAAAUAUUAAUUUAACUUAAAUCGAACACAAGCGUUUACUUUCUGUAAGAGUUAAUUUCAAAUAAAGUCAUAAAUAUUUUUUAAACCUUGUGGGAUUGCAUGGAAACUUAUAGAAAUCCAUGUAGGAAGGUAUCGAAUUAUGUAAGAAUUCAUAGGAAUAUAGUAAUGUAUGGAUUUAUAUAAGAAUCUAUGUACAAAACCGUACUGGGUACCUGGAUUCAGCAUGAUGUGGAUCUCCAUAGGAACUCAUGUGAGAAUUUAUAUCAGGAUCUAUGCUGGAUUCCUUUAGGAAACCAUGUGGGAAUCGAUCCAAAGCCACCAUGUGGGAACCCGAACAGGAAU